AUGAUCGAAAAUUCCGCAUUUUCACUGUGCUUAAGCGAACGAGAAAUUUCCAAAUAUAUCUAUCUAUCUUCCUUUUCAAUCUAUCUAUCUAUCUAUCUAUCUAUCUAUCUAUCUAUCUAUCUAUCUAACAUUCUAUUCUUUUUCUAUCUAUCUAUCUAUCUAUCUAUCUAUCUAUCUGCCAUUCUCUUCCUUUUCAAUCUAUCUAUCUAUCUAUCUAUCUAUCUAUCUAUCUAUCUAUCUGCCAUUCUCUUCGUUUUCAAUCUAUCUAUCUAUCUAUCUGCCAUUCUCUUCCUAUUCAAUCUAUCUAUCUAUCUAUCUAUCUAUCUAUCUAUCUAUCUAUCUAACAUUCUAUUCUUUUUCUAUCUAUCUAUUUAUCAGUCACUCUCUUCCUUUUCAAUCUAUCUAUCUAUCUAUCUAUCUAUCACUCUCUUCCUUUUCUAUCUAUCUAUCUUCCUUUUCAAUCUAUCUUUCUAUCAAUCUAACAUUCUAUUCUUUUUCUAUCUAUCUAUCUAUCUAUCUAUCUAUCUAUCUCUUUCUUUUCUAUCUAUCUAUCUAUCUAUCUAUCUAUCUAUCUAUCUAUCUAUCUAUCUCUUCCUUUUCAAUCUAUCUAUCUAUCUAUCUAUCUCUUCCUUUUCAAUCUAUCUAUCUAUCUAUCUAUCUAUCUAUCACUCACUUCCUUUUCAAUCUAUCUAUCUAUCUAUCUAUCACUCACUUCCUUUUCAGUCUAUCUAUCUAUCUAUCUAUCUAUCUCAUCACUUUUCAAUCUAUCUAUUCAUUCAAUCUAUCUAUCUAUCUAUCUAUCUAUCACUCACUUCCUUUUCAAUCUAUCUAUCUAUCUAUCUAUCUAUCUAUCUAUCUAUCUAUCUAUCUAUCACUCACUUCCUUUUCAAUCUAUCUAUCUAUCUAUCUAUCUAUCUAUCUAUCUAUCUAUCUAUCUAUCUAUCUAUUCCUUUUCAAUCUAUCAAUCAAUCUAUUAUCAAAGCGCGUAACCGAGAGGUUAGAACCCCUGCCUCCCGACCAUGA